AUGUCCUCCACCUCCACCUCCACCUCCACUUCCCAUCCCCAGCAAUCAACCCUAAAUGACACCGUCGCCCGCGAGUUCACCGCAGCGGGCUACCGCGGCGACUACAUCCGAUCCAUCCUCGACCGACAAGACUGGCUCAACCGCGCAACUUUCGAAGACGACCCCGACAACAACAACCAGACCUGGAUCCGCGUGGAACGCAAACACCUCCUCCCGGAUACCUUGAUUGCCUACCAACUUCCCUGGGACUUCGAUGAGGCGGAUAGCGAUUACCUUCUCAUUAAGCAAUGGGUCUCGGGGGAGUUCUUGGAUGAGUUGUUUGCGCAUACCCAGCGGUUGAGGGGGGCGAAGGCGCGGGGGUUGGAGAAGAAGGCGUUUGUGCCGAGGCCGGGGAAAGUGUGGCAGUUUUAG